ACGGGGCGGUUCACACCGACGCUGUUCUCUCCUCCCUCUUUGCAAUUCAGCUCCCAUGAGAGAAGAGCGGGAGGAUGGAUUACGGCGGCUGCGAGUACCUGGUCCCCUGCGGAAAAGACAAAUUCAUCUCCAAAAAUGAGCUGCUCCUACACUUGAAAACGUACAACAUCUACUACGAAGGGCAAAAUUUGCAGCUGCGGCACCGGGAGGAGGAAGGCGAACUCAUCGUGGAGGGGCUGCUGAACAUCUCCUGGGGUUUGCGGCGACCCAUCCGCCUGCAGAUGCAGGAUGAUAACCAGCGCAUCCGCCCGCCGCCCUCCUCUUCCUCCUGGCACUCGGGCUGCAACCUGGGAGCCCAUGGGUCCGUGCUGAAGCCCAGCACCUUGCCGGACAUCCAGGUUACGGAUACGGAGGCCACGCCGAAUGCGGAGGCUCCCGGGAGCGGUGCAGGUGAGGCAGCCGCCAAGUCGCAGCCGGAGGAGACGCCGCAGCUGAUGCGGACGCGAAGCGACGUGGGCGUACGGCGCCGGGGCAGCGCCCGCACCCCCAGCGAGCAGCGGCGCAUCCGCCGUCACCGCUUCUCCAUCAACGGGCACUUCUACAACCAUAAGACAUCCGUGUUCACGCCGGCGUACGGCUCCGUCACCAAUGUCCGGAUAAACAGCACGAUGACGACCCCCCAGGUCCUCAAACUGCUGCUCAAUAAAUUCAAGAUUGAGAACUCGGCAGAGGAGUUUGCGCUGUACAUCGUCCACACCAGCGGAGAGAAGCAGAAGCUACGAGCCAGCGAUUACCCCCUCAUCGCCCGCAUCCUGCAGGGCCCCUGCGAGCAGGUCUCCAAGGUCUUCCUCAUGGAGAAGGACCAGGUGGAAGAAGUCACCUACGACGUUGCUCAGUACAUCAAAUUUGAGAUGCCCGUCCUCAGGAGCUUCAUCCAGAAGCUGGAGGAAGAGGAGGAUCGCGAAGUGAAGAAGCUAAUGCGCAAAUACUCCAUCCUCCGGCUGAUGAUUGAGCAGAGGCUGGAGGAGAUUUCCGAAGGUCCAACGGCGAUGUGAAAUGCUUCGCCGGCGUCCCGGCUCCGGGUUGCAUCACACGAAGAGCCGUUUGCCCGCAGGACGUACUGUACCGAAUCCCAAACCCCCAUCAUUCCCGGAGCGCUCCCGGAGUCCAUACGGAUCGCCCCGGCUCUGAGCCAACCCAUCUUCCCGCGCCUUCAUCUGCGCAGCAUCCUCGGGGGGCUCCUCCUCUGCAAAUGGGGGUUUUCCCAGCAAGGCUGUGACCGGUGGCAGCUUCGGCCAAAACUUCAAAUCCCUGGAAAUAAUGGGGGAAAAAAAAAGGGGGAAAUCCAUGAGCGGGGCGAAGCUGCCGAGGACGGGGCCGAGCGAGGGCUGCAAGCGUCCGACAGCAAGAAUUUGGGGCUCAGUUUGAAGACGCUCGCUGCAGCGGUGCCCGCACGUGGCUCCCGGCGGAGGACCCGCUGCUCG